CCCCCCUGUGCGGGGCGCGGGCGCCCGGGCAUCCUCCGGCGCGGCGGCGGCGGCGGCUCCUCCUCGGAGCGCCGCGGGCGCGGAGCGGCUCCCAGCGCCAGCCGUGCGCGCUGCGCCGCCGCUCUCUGCGCCGCCGGACAACGCCAUGAAGCCGGCGGUGCUGGAAGUAAUGAGGAUGAACCGGGUGUGCAGGAUGGUCCUGGUCACUUCUGUGGGCUCCUUCAUACUCGUCAUCUUCUAUUUCCAAAGUAUGUUGCACCCAGUAAUGCGUAGAAAUCCAUUCGGGAUGGACAUUUGCUGCCGGAAAGGAUCCAGAAGCCCACUCCAGGAACUAUAUAAUCCCACACGGUUGUCCAACACAGCAAUUCUUCAUCAGAUUAGACGAGACCAAGUGACAGACACGUGCCGAGCAAACAGUGUAUCUAGCAGGAAGCGCCGCGUGCUGACGCCCAACGAUCUCAAACACCUGGUCGUGGAUGAAGAUCAUGAAAUGAUCUAUUGUUAUGUCCCCAAAGUGGCCUGCACAAACUGGAAGAGAGUCAUGAUGGUUUUGACGGGAAGAGGCAAGUACAGUGAUCCGAUGGAAAUCCCAGCCAAUGAAGCCCACGUGUCUUCAAACCUGAAGACCCUCAACCAGUACAGCAUCCCAGAGAUCAACCACCGCUUGAAAAACUACAUGAAGUUCCUCUUUGUUCGCGAGCCUUUCGAGAGACUGGUGUCAGCCUACAGGAACAAGUUCACCCAGAAGUACAACACUUCCUUCCACAAGCGAUACGGCACCAAAAUCGUGAGGCGCCAGAGGAAAAACGCAACCCAGGAAGCUCUGCGUAAAGGCGAUGAUGUGAAAUUCGAAGAGUUUGUGGCGUAUCUCAUUGACCCGCACACCCAAAGAGAAGAGCCCUUCAAUGAGCAUUGGCAGACUGUGUACUCCCUCUGCCACCCUUGCCACAUCCACUACGACCUCAUAGGAAAAUACGAAACGCUCGAAGAGGAUUCAAAUUACAUUCUCCAGCUGGCAGGAGUAGGCAACUACCUGAAGUUCCCCACCUAUGCAAAGUCUACGAGAACUACUGACGAAAUGACUACAGAGUUCUUCCAGAACAUCAGCUCUGAGCACCAAACGCAGCUGUAUGAAGUCUACAAACUUGAUUUUUUAAUGUUCAAUUAUUCAGUGCCAAGCUACCUGAAAUUGGAAUGAGGGACGGGUCGGGGGGAGAGAGGGGAGAGAAAGCCUGCUUUAUUUAAGAUUUUUAUUUGUCAUAAUAAAUAUGGAGAAUGGGUUAUUUUGUAAAUUAAUAUUUUCUUUUUUUGAAUGAUGCUGCGAGCAGCACAGUCAAAAUUAUUUAAAUCAACUGUAAGAAAGGACAGCUCUCUUUGCAGGGUAACAGGAUUGUGACGAUCUAGCUGUAGAAAUGAAUAAUACUGCUACACUGUUUAAAAAAAAAUGUUAAUUGUGUUCUGGUGAAUUUCAUUGAUCUUGCAUUCCUCCGAUUCUAAUUAAUGUUAUUUAUACUUAUUUAAAACAUGGUCUCUUGGUAGGUGUCACUUCAGCAGCAGAGAUAAGGUAUCAUUUGGACAAAAGGAGUCUGGCUUUGAGCUUUCCUCACUUGAGCUUGUCUCUUGGUAAUAAUAUUCUUCCAUUAGCUGUUAAUGCAGGUAAAUAUGGGAAUGGUUAUUGAUACCACAUGCUUUGAGAAGAGCAAUGAAAGUAAGUUCUUCAGAAAGUGAUAUUGCACUCAAGUGUACUUAAAAAAAAAAAUAAUUGUAUCUUUCUAACCCUGAAAAGGAAAAGUAAAACAGAUGUUGAUAGAUUCAGGAUAUCUAAAACCCAUGACUGAAAGAAAUGUGAAUGUAUUCCUUGGGAAGGGAAGAGACACCAUGAAAUUUUGGUAAGUCCGGACUUGAUGAGUUUAUCAAGAAUAUGACAAGUCCCAUCAUCUCUUAAUUUGAAGCCCGCCAACCCAAAUGAGUCCAAAUCUGUGGAUUAUCCAUCAGAAAAAAAUCAGCAUUUUGAAAGUGACUGUAGAGAUUUUUAAAUGCCCAAAGCAAUUGGCAUUGACUUAAUUCAUAUCCAGGAUGGGGCUGGGGGGAGCUCUGUCCUCUGCAAGCCAUGCCUCCCUAGCCGAUCUUGGGAUGGACAACCAAAAUUGGCUCAAGAGACGCUGUUCACAGUAUGUUGCUGUAAAGGAUGUGGGCAUAUCAUUUGAAAAGUCAGAAAGUCAUCUUCAUGUUGAUCUCUAAGCAUGCAAGGCAAUAAAAAAGAUCUCAUCUUCCUA